AUGAUUUAAUUUAUCCCUCAAUAUAGGAUAAUAGGAAUAUGGAAAUUAGAGAAAACCCGCAAAACUUAAUUUAAAUUUAUAGCGUUAUUUUUAUUAAUUUAAAUAUUCAAUUAAAUAAUACAUUCAUAAGAGCGCUUUGAAUUGGUUAAGUUUUUAACUAAUCAACUAACUAACUAGAGUAAGGUUUCAAUUUAAUCUGGAUACUUCUCAUACCUCUAAAGUUUGAAUUAUAUUUAAUAACAUUAUCUAUAGUAAUUAAAUUAUUUAUUAUAGUUUUGAUUUCACAAUACCAUUUAAAGCAGGUAAAAUUGUAAUUAUUUAAAUUACUGCUUCAAUUCUUAAUGAAGAAGAAGAAGCAGAUUAUUUAAUUUAAUUUACUCCAUAAAAUGAUAUUGCUUUAGGUGGAUAAAUUAAAGUAAUAUUCCCAGAUGAUAAUUAUAAAAAAUUACUUUCAACUCCAGAUUGUCGUAUUAGUGGAGGUAACAAUACAUUUUAAUAUUGUAUAUUAAAUAGCGAGACUUUUAUUAUUGAAUUUAAUAGUAUAUGAAGC